AUGAGUUAAUUAGAACCAUUUGAGCAUCAUUAUAGUAUUUAAUACUUGGAAGUAUUUGGAUGUUGUCACACGAAUCGACAUAUCUACUCAGAGAAAAUGAUUUGCAAAGAUUGUGGCAUCUUCUUAAAUAAUGUAAAAUUCAUCAUUAACUCUUAGCCCAACACCAAAGUCUACAAAACACUCAAAAUGAAAUACAAUGCAUUUUUCAAUCCAAUUAAAGUGUUGCAAAAGAUGAUGGUAGAAGGUUAGCCAGCUGGACCUAUCAAAUAAAGAUAAUAAUUCAUAGAAUUCAUUUUGCAAGUGUCAGAAAGACUUAAUCUCUCAAUCAAUACUUGUUUCCUAGCCAUUGAUUACAUUGAUGAAUAUUUCAAUAAGGCUACAGUCGAUGAAAAUCAAACAUAUCUAUUUGUUUCGACAGCCCUUAUGUUAGCGGCUAAGGCAUAAGAACUUGAUGAAAGAGUUCCUUUUAUCAGCAAACUUAAGAGAUAUGCCUCUAUGACUAAUCAUCCUGAAAUCAGUCAAUUUAGCACACAAGAUUUUAAAUCUGCAGAAAAAUAAUUAAUAUAAUCAUUGGAAUGGAAACUACAAAGGAAUACCCUAUUAGAUAGAAUAGAAACUCUAUUAUCUUUUGGUGUAAUUGACGAUGAUGAUAGUUUAGGGCAACAAUAGUAAAAAGAAAAUAAGGAUUCAACUCAUCAACAACAUAUCAAACUGAGGGACUUAUAAGAAAAUCAGAUCUUAUAUUAUGUUAAAGAAGUAGAGAGUAAAUAUGUUGAAAUAGCUUUGUAAAUUAUUAAAGAUGAUUAACUAUAUUUCCAAACUGAUUAGACUAUCCUGGCUUUAUCAUGUGUUGCUUAUCUAAGAAAAAAGGCUGGUCUUUUAAAUAUUUGGUCCCAGCAAUUGUAAAGUCUGACUGGCUUUGGUGCUUAGAAAAUAUCAUCUUCUGUUUCUUAAAUAAUGACUCUUAUUGCCAAAAGUAAGAGUUUCAAAACAAUCUCAAAAUUGUAGGUUAACCCUUCAGAUUUAUAUUAUGAAUAAGUCAACACUCCUAUCAACACUCUCACAACAGUCAAUUCAAAUCACCUUCUGAAUAGAUAAUUUUAGUUUGAAUAAAAAAGGCAAUCGUUUGGUGAUGCUAUGAAUCAAAAAGUCAAAGUUCAUCUGUUUUAAUCUUAAUCAACUGCUCACUUUGGUGAUCUUAGCAAGUAGCAACUAUACUAUAAUAACAUGAAUUACACUACAAAUACCAAUUACUCAUUUUUGAAUGACAACUCUAUAGGUCCUAGUAAUUACAUUAAUUGUCAUAAGAUUCAUCAUAAUGGGGAACUUGAUAAAAAGUACGAAUAAGCGCAUAAAGUUGGGGUCAGUAUGUUUAGAUAAAUGCAGUGA